GGAAAAUAAAGCCAUGAAAGACAAGCAACAGCAGCAGCAAAAGAAGAAGAAGGAUCGCACGUGGGCUGAAGCUGCCCGCAUGGUGCUGGAAAAUUAUUCCGACGCUCCAAUGACUCCUAAACAGAUUCUCCACGUUAUAGAGACCGAAAGGCUGAAGGAAAUGAGAAGUGGUACCUCUCCUUUGGCCUGCCUGAACGCAAUGCUUCACACCAAUUCGCGCGCGGACGAUGGCAUGUUUUACAGGCUCCCGGGGAGGAUGGGCCUUUACACUCUGAAGAAGGACGCGUUGUUGUGGUCCAAAAACAUCCCCAUUGGUGAUGGCGAGGGUUACGAAGACGGACCUGACUUGGAGAGCUGCGAUUCCAACGAAACAAGUACCACAGGAGAGGAAAAUGAUGUCUCGCCCGGGUCCGAUGAGACCUCCUCCAAUGCGUCGUGUUCCACUGAGGUUCAAGCCAAGCAGGUGUCGCCUGGGAAACAUGGCAGCCACAAAGCAGCUCAGCAGUCCGCGAAGCAGCAGCCGAAGAAGAAGAUCGGCGUGCCGGUGAUGAUGAGCAAGUCCAUCCCCAGGGUGGUGCUGACACCACUGAAAGUCAACGGGGAGCAUGUGGAGUCCGCCUCGGCAUUCGCAGCCAAGCAUACAGAUGGCGAAUCCAGCAGUGCAUUGAGCAGCAGUUCCUGCACAGUGGCCUCCAGCGCUGCUCAGUACAGCCGAGCGGAGCUCAGCAAGCUGCAGUGCAGGCCAGGACUCAGCCGAAAACCCGGGCAGCACUUCAGAAACCUGAGACGUUCGAGCACAGGACAAAUGAAGCGAAACCGUGGGGAAGAGAUUGAUGUAGAAACACCUGGAUCGAUCCUGGUCAAUACGAACCUGCGCGCAUUGAUCAACUCACGGACCUUCGCCUCGUUACCUCUGCACUUCCAGCAGCAGCUGCUCUUCCUGCUGCCUGACGUGGACCAGCAGGUCGGGAAUGACGGCACGAUGCGACUGUGCAGCUCGGCCCUCAAUAACGAGUUUUUCACAUCAGCGGCUCAAGGGUGGAAGCAGCGAUUAGCAGAGGGCGAAUUUACACCCGAAAUGCAGCUCCGACUCCGUCAGGAAAUGGAGAAAGAGAAAAAGGUGGAACAGUGGAAGGAGAAAUUCUUCGAGGAUUAUUAUGGACAGCGGCUGGGGUUGUCCAAACAAGACUUGGAGCAACAAACUGACUGCCGAGCGGGCGUGGGGAACGCAGCCAAUUCCCAGCCUCCGCACAAGGCAGGACCGUCCAAACAGCCCAGCCCCCAGCACAGGCCCGAGGAGAGCCUGAGGAAAUGCACGAGAAGCGCAAAGGCAGAGCUGAAAUGCCGGGUGAAGCGUGCCGUCCUUAAGGAGACGGAGCUGAGCCCUGAGCCCCAGCCCGAGCCCCAGCCCAAACCUGAGCCCAACGAGUCGGCUGAUGUUUCGUUGCCGUCUCGGGACUCAAGGGGACGCGAGAAAUGCUCACAGGAGGUCCAGGUGAUCGAGCCGCCUGGCGCUGCGAGGGUUAACAAGAGCGAGCCUUGCCCUGAGAGGAACAGGGAGGAAGCGAUCCCAAGCAAGUCCGACCCCGACCCCAAACCAGCCCCGGAGAAACCCGUGGUGUCCCAGGAGAGGCCCGAGCGAGACCCAGAGCCGGUCAGCCCGCGGCCGGUCAGCCCGCAGCCGGAGCCGGUCAGCCGGCAGCCGGAGCCGGUCAGCCGGCAGCCGGAGCCGGUCAGCCCGGAGCCGGUCAGCCCGCAGCCGGAGCCGGUCAGCCUGCAGCCGGUCAGCCUGCAGCCGGUCAGCCUGCAGCCAGUCAGCCUGAAGCCGGUCAGCCUGCAGCCGGAGCCGGUCAGCCUGCAGCCGGAGCCGGUCAGCCUGAAGCCGGUCAGCCUGCAGCCGGAGCCGGAACGGAUUGACGGGGAGCCAGAGCGGAGCGGCGAGAGGGUGGAGCGGAGUACCGGACAACCGGCCAGCCUCCCCAGGGACCAGACCACCUGCCUGAGCGCCAGGGCUGCCGCCUGGAAGAGCGAGCCAGAGCACAGCUGCGCGGAAGCCAAGGAGCAGAAGAGGAAGUCGGCGGAGCCCAGUGCCUCCACCUCCGGCCCCGAAAAGAAGCCCAGGCUGGACGAGCAUCAGUCCUUUCGGACCCCAAUUGAUAGCUUUCGGACAGAAAGGGAACAACCAACGAGAGAGGAGCCAAAGGUGCCACCUAUUAGGAUCCAGCUCUCAAGAAUCAAGCCUCCGUGGGUCGUCAAGGGUCAGCCAGCGUACCAGAUCCGGCCAAGGAUCGUCAGCCCGGCCGGGGCAGGACCAGGCGGUGGGGGAGGAGGCAGCCGGGAGAGGACGGGGGCCAGGACACUGGCCGACAUCAAGGCCCGAGCCCAGCAAGCCCGAGCCCAGCGGGAAGCUGCGUCUGCUGCGGCCGCCAGCGGGGGAGGGCUGGAGGGGGAGGGAGAAGGUGCUGGUGGUGAUGGGGGAGGUGCCAUUGCCCAUCCCGACGGAAGAACAACGGCUCCUGAACCGAGUGUGGCACAACAUCAGCCUGGAGCACAGCUACGCCAAGCCGGUGCCUCGGGCAGCACAGAGGAGCCCGGGAUUGGCCGCAGCGCUGAUCGUAAGCAAAGUGUUGUAGCCGAGGAUCGCGAUCCGGCUCGGUACAGUGUGUUAGCGGCCGACAACGAUGAUGACCGGCCGCCGGGACCCGAAUGCGAUGUCCCAUUAGUCGUUUCCCCGACCAACACCGUUGUCGAGGAGGAAGAGGAGGAGGAGGACGGAAACUCCGGCCGCCAGACUCUCGUCCUGUCUCUCUCCCAAACCGACCUCCGUGUCCAGACGCCUGAUUCUGUCGACCUGAGUGGCGAUGGCUUCCUCCCGGAGACUGAGGAGACUCCGUGCCAAGCCACGGAGCCCAGCAUCGCCGUCACCAUAACAACAGCGACCGCGACACCAGGGUCGUCACCGAGCUCCGGCUGUGAGACCGACGCCCCCAGCUCCACGGAUCGCCCGUCCUUACCGUCAGCUCCUCCGAUCGAGUCUCCGGAAGCCGAGGGUGGGAUUCCGGGGCCGGGCAUGGUGGCGCCAUCACCGCCCGAGCCGGUUGAGACCGUGGCCGAGGGAAGCCGCUGCUGCUCGGAGCUGGAGGAAUGUGAUCGGUUGGAAGCUGGAACGCUGGGAGAGAGCUCGAGCGGACCCUCUUUAGUGGAGCAACGAGCAGGCACGUCAGUGAUUGUAUCCGCUUCCCCCCCAGCAAAGGGAAAGCUUCCUGCACCGGGGGAGGGGGCUGUGAAGGAACGGGACACCGAGCAGCGGCAAGCAGAGGAGGAGGGGGUCCGACCGCAAACCGAGCCCUCGGUUUCCCUCCCGGAGCUCGGCCCCCGCGAGCGCUUGGCCAGCAGAGUCCUGCAACGAAGCGGGGGAUCGGACACCGACCAGAGCCACGCAAUGAGGAGUCAGCUUCUCACCGGCAGCUUCCCCCGGCACGAUCUUGGAGAAGGUGCGAUGGACCACGCACGGGGUCCCGAUUGCCCUUAUGUCAGCGACAGUGCGGAAUCCUGCCCGGGAUUCCCACGGCUGUCCCAGGAGGGUCCACGGGAGCGAGCCCCAGAUCCGACAUCAACAACAACACCGCAGCCGUACCCGGCAGAAGCCCCAUUGCUGCCCGGCGCUGACGGCCACAGGAGGCCAGGGCUGGGGGGCUUGGGCUCGAGCCGCCCCCUCUCGUCGGUGGAGGCCAACAACCCACUGGUCACGCAGCUCCUGCAGGGCAGCCUCCCCCUGGAGAAAGUGCUGCCUUUGUCGAACUCCAGCACCAAGCUGGAGAUCACCCGGCUGGCGGGACCCCCACCCGAGAGCCCCCCGCUCCGGCCUGAGCCCAGUCCCGGCCAAACAGACCCCAGGGGCGGUGAUGAAUCGACCGAACUUCAUCCACACAAAGCACCGGCCAGGGAAUCCCGGGACAUCAUAGUUCAGAAACGCCCGGAGCUGAUCAGGCAGUGGGCAGCCACGUUGCCCAGAAAGCCCCUCAUGCAGACUCGGGUGGUCCUGGAGCGGGAAAGCAGGAGCCAUGGCGAAGGCUUCAUCUCCCAGGAGCAGUUGAACCGGGCACUGAUUCUCUCGGGGGCGGUGGAGGAGAGUGGCGUACGGGGGCCGCAGGCCGUCUGCGGCUUCGAAAAUGGGGGUAAGGAGACGGGCUUAAAGGGGCCCUUGAACACUCGGGGGCCCGGCUCACAGAGAAGCGGCCCCGAGACACUGAAGCAGAUCGGAGCUGUGACCGGCUACUAUGUCCCCAGCGGGCGCCUGGACGGGACACGGAACGCCAUCUUCGGCUCCGUGAUCGCAAAGGCCCGCGGUUACCCCCACCUUGCGGCACACAAGGACGGGGGCUUCAGGGUGACGGAAGUCAUCAAGGUUCAGUCCAAGGGCCCGGGGGCCGAGCACCCGGAGAAGCUGGUGGGAUUGGUGGGCACGGAUUGUCUGCCCGCUCUCGCCCUCCGGAGGGACUGGCUCCCCAGGCUGAGAGAGGGCUUUAAAGUCAUCAAAACCGAAGGCCUUCCCGCCUGCCGAGGGAUGAGCAAGAGCCAGGACAUUGUCAGCCUGAAGGGGGGGACCCACUUCCCGCUGGAUCCCAAAGACAAGCUGCGGCUGGUGAGCUCGGUGCAGGUGGAUAGCGCCAUCGGGAAGGCGAUCCGUGAGAGCGGGCUGCAGUUCCAGCGCUCGGCGGAUUGCUCCCCGACCCCUUCGCCGUUCAGCGUUCAGCAGCAGUUGUACGGGAAGCUCCCGAAGCUUUCCUUCAGCUCCACCGGGUUCAGCCACAUCGCCAGCGCCUCGGUAUCGGAGCUCUCCGCCGGGAGCUUCCCAGCUUCCAUCGCCGGGAGCAUGAUGUCCCUCAGCCAGAAGGCGAACUUUGCCAGCCACAACUCUGCGCUGUCUGGCCAGACUUUUGCCGGCAACACCAGCGUGGAGGAGAUGACUCUGAAAUGUUCCUGCCGGCUAAAAGCCAUGAUCAUGUGCAAAGGCUGUGGGGCAUUUUGUCACGACGAUUGUAUAGGACCGUCUAAGCUGUGCGUAUCAUGUCUUGUGGUAAGAUAGUGAAGAGAUUUCCCAAUCUCCGCUGCAGUAAUGUGGGUUAUUAUAAGCAUGGUGAAAGUGCAACAUAUAUGUAUCAGAGUUACACAUCACGGUGUAUAAUUUAGCCUUUUUUUUUAACUUUUUUUUGUGGGGUGGGGGGAGGGUUGAAGGGGAGAGAGAGAGUGUGUGAGUGAGACCAGUCUGUCCACUGUACAUAAAUGCAAAGUUAGGUGAAUUCUUUUGAAAGUCUGUGCAGAACAAGCAACUACCCGUGUGCAAAAUCAUGACUGACUCAGCUAUCCGUUGAAGAUCCUGUAUUUUAUUUCAUGCUUUUUUUAAUAUAUAUAUUAUUAUAUAUGUAUU